UUAACGGACGGUGAGGCGGUGUUAACCGGCCCUGAGCCUGACCCCGGGCCCUGGGGGGUGGUCACAGCAUGGACAGCAAAAUAGCGGCGGGUCCGUACCGAGCCACCAAGCUGUGGAAUGAAACUAUUGAGCUAUUUCGAGCCAGGAUGCCCCUGAAGAAGCAUCGUCUUCACUUCCGUACUUAUGAUUCCUGCUUUGCUGCCUCAGAAGGUGUUGAUUGGUUGCAUAAAUUCCUGAGAAGUAAUCACAAUUUUGGGCCUGAGGUUACUCGUUACCAGACUGUGCAGUUACUCAAAAAGUUCUUAAAAAACCAUGUAAUUGAAGAUAUAAAAGGAAGAUGGGGAAAAGAAGAUUUUGAAGAUAAUAAUCGAUUAUACAGGUUUCCACCAUCAUCUCCUCUUAAGCCUUAUCCCAAAAAGUCACCUUAUUUAGGUUGUGACGUUUAUCCUAAAUUUCCAAAUUGGAAUGACUAUGAUGUUCCGAAGUCUGGACCUGUACCAGUAAGGCCGAUAAUUUUGAAUUCUUACUCGUGGCACAAGCGCCAUAGCAUUGCAAUUGGAGAAGUAUCUGAAUGUAGAAUUGUACAUCGGGAAGAGGUUUCACAGGCAACUGUGGAAGAAAUCUGGAAAUCAAUGACCCUAGCACAUUUACAGAAGAUUCUUGGCCUUGCUUGUCUAGAAGGAGUUCUGGAUUCCAAACUACUCAAUCCCAAGCAUAUCAUCUAUAAUGUUCAACAUAUUAAUAAACAAGGAGUAGUAAUUCUAGAAAAUAAACAGGAAGAGCUUCCACACUGGGUUCUGUCAGCCAUGAAGUGUUUGGCAAACUGGCCAAAUGGAACAGAUUUGAACCGACCCAUGUACCCAGGGUUUGAAAGAGAUGUGUUUAAGACCAUAACAGAUUACUUUCAAAAGACAAAGCAGCCAUUGCUAACAUUUGAGUUCUAUGAGCUCUUUAUCAACAUUUUAGGUCUUUUGCAACGAAAGAAAGAUGGUAUCGAAGCUCUUCAAGUUUGUUGCCUCCUUUUGCCCCCGGAAAACCGAAGAAAGCUGCAACUCCUAAUGCGAAUGAUCACUCGUAUUGCUCAAAAUGUAGAAAUGCCACCACUUCAUGAUGCUGUUGCAAACAGAAUGUUGAUGAUUCAAACCUUCUCUCGCUGUAUCCUGUGUUCAGAGGAUGAAGUGGAUCUUGAUGAGUUGCUUGCUACUAGACUUGUAAGUUUCAUGAUGGACCAUUGCCAAGAUAUUUUGAGAGCUCCUGACCAUCUACAAAGUGCAGUAGAGGAACAUUUAGCCCAUCUCCGAAGAGUUCAGAUAAAAUAUGCAGAUGCUGACACCGAUGCUACACUGGCUUCUUACACCUCUUGUCAGAUUACUACUGAAGAUUGUAAAGAACAGAGAGGUUCUCAAGCCACAGUUGCAACCCUGCUAGAAGAAAUAAUAAUGAAUAAAAAUAUUUCUGUGAAAGAGAAGAAGAAGAAAUUAAAGCAGUUUCAGAAAUCCUACCCUGAUAUAUACAAAAACCGGUUUCCAACAGCAGAGAGUGAGGCAGUGGUCUUUCCUGAAAAAUCAAAGCUCAAACCACAGUUCAUGUUUUUCACAAUGAAGAAAUCAUUCCAGCCAUUUAAUAGAACCCGGAGUUUCAGGAUGUAAUACCUUCAGAACUGUGGCAAGCUGCUGCUAAUGAGAUUUUCUCGGUUAUCGACCUCAGUUCUUAAUUCUGUGGUAAUGGUAUUUGAAGAUCCUUGGUGCUAAAAGUGAAUGUUACAUUGCAUAUUAUACAAUAAUUUUCAGUCACGUUUUCAGAACCCUGUUACUUAUUGGACAUAAAUAGUUGAAAUUUAAGAGAAGCCAUUCACUUUGAGUUUAUUCAUUGAAUACCAUAUAUGGCAAGUUCAGUUUGAUCCAAUAACCAUUAAGUGUUAAAGGAAAACUGUUUGACACAGCAGAAAUAUAAUUUUGAGUAUUAUGCACCAUUUAUUGAUGUAAGUAAUUAACUAAGCAAAUAAUGUUGGCAUAUUUUAAGGGUGUAUUCUCAGUGUUAAUUUUUGUGUUGCCUUAAUCCUAGUUGCAAAAUGACAGACAAUAGAUAUCUGUUUCAAGAAAGUGUUCCUCAUUCCAUGAAAAGCUAGGAAUAUCAAGAACCUACAUGGGUCCAUAGCAUUGCCUUUUUUGGGAAUAAAACAAAAGAUCUUUCCUCUUGCCAUAAACUGGAAACCUUAGUCAACACUGCUUCCAGUUUCUACCCUUUUUCCAUCUUCACAUGGUCUGUCUCAAUGUUUUUUUAACCUUAACUGUCUCAUUUUUUCUAAAUUGUCAGCCAAUAUUCAUUAGAAGCUUGUUGACUACAUUUCCUCUUGCCUUGCUUCCUUUAAGGACUCUCUUCUAUUCUCAUUGUUUCUCAGUUAACCCUCUCAGAAUGGGUACAAAGUCAAUAUUUUAUACCAGUGCAUCUGACAUGUCUUCUGUUUUCAUCAAUUAAUGAUUCUGCUCCCACUACACCCCCUUGGUUGACAUAGCCCUGGCUUUACUGUUUCUUAACACUUGUGCUUAUAGUUCUUCUCUCCCUUCUUACAUCAUAAGUUCUCUCGUACUCACCUUUCAUCUACCACCUUUCACAUUCUGUAGAUACUCUGCCAUUUCAGCCAUUUCAACAGCAAACAUAUUUUCUCCUGCCCUCCUCUUUUUUUCACAUUAAGACCACUAUCUGUGACACCCUGGUGCAUGCCCAACAACCUUUCGUUUUUCCAUGCAAAUGCAUAAGAUGCAGUACUGUAUAUUUAUCAUCUCUAUUCCCAGGGCCCUAAAUAUUGCUGCUAAAACGCCAAUUAUCUUGUUCUUUUCAAUUUAUUACAUUUGUUGGUCAUGACAGUCUCUUCUACGUAGAAGAUGCUAGAGCGAAUUGGAUGACACUUUGACAAACAUCUUCGUUUGGUCCGAAAAGCUGAGUUUCUUAUGGUCUGUCAUUGAUUUUCCUGUGCCUGGUCUCCUACAUUGUAACAAUGAAGCUCAUCAUCAUUUCGGGCAAUAGCAUCUUGUCUCUUGGUUAUGCACUCUGUAGAUGAAUGUUGAAGUCUGGUAAUCUCUGCACUAAUUUCUUUUGGCGAUGACAACUGUGGAAAUAAUUCUGCUGUUCCCAUUACCAUCUAGAUGUAUCUUCUAUUUCUUGUUCCAUUAUCAUCUUCUACUUUGCAGUAUCAUUUCAUGGUUUAACCCUUUCUGCCCUUUCACUAUUUUUCAGAACUUCCCAGAUGUUUAUUCUCCUCUUUCUCUGUCUCUAUUUGCUUAAAACUUUGUAACAUCUGUAUUUCCAUUUCAUACAAAAACUCAUCAACCUGAAACCUUAGCUCUGCUUCUCUCUCCAUAAAUGUUCCCUGACCUGAUACGUUUCUGGCAUUUUUGGAUUUCUAGCACCUGCAAUUUGCUUGGCAUUAGUUCAAAUGUGGCUCCUAACAUAUACUAGACAGUGGUUUUUUUUUUUUUUUUCAAUGCAAGUAAGGUAAUAUUUAUUUCACAUUCCUAGUUGUCCUUGAGGGGGGGAAAAAAGACUACCGUCUAGUGUACAUGUUGUUGUGUGGAGAAACUACAGUAUGAAAACGCCUGCAUACAGUGCAUUAAUGCACUAAUGUCACUGUGCCACUCGGCCAUUAUCUUAUUGUUUUGACUGUUUAUCUUGAUGUAGGGACACGAAGAAAACAUUGGAGAUUAUGACCAUUGUUCUAAUAAUGGCAGAAUUGACUGGGUUUUGCAGUUAAAAGGCAUGAUGGGUCUAACAGCCUCUCACCAUUAUUUACUUAAAAAUUGGACAGUCUGAUGUGCAAGCAUGUACUGUCAAAUGCAGGACUUUGGAGGUUGCAGUUUGUAAUGUGAUAUUUUCAGCAAGUUUCCUAAAAUGGCAUUUUGCUGUUGAAUAGUGUGCCAUUGCUAUACUUACCUCCUAAAUGAGAAGUAAAUUUAUUAGGAAAAUGUGGGACUUACCUUCCAUUGCAUGUAUCCUUUUAACAAUAUCUCUGGUAUUGAAUUUAAUUUUAAAAGGUGUAACAAUCUAAUUCCUUCAGAUUUUAAUUAUUAGCAGUUAAUUAUUUUAACUUCUGCCUUGCUAUCUCAAUUCAAUUGUUCUGUUUCAUGUCCCCCCCUCCCCAUUUUUGUAUUGAAUUCCAUAUUCAAAUGCCAAUUUCUGGUUCAGUCUCUGCUAAUCAGCAAUUCUUAAAUGUAAUUGAUGAAUGAGAUAGACAAGUUUAGAAAUUUCCAUUCUUUUCACAGCUCCCAGAUGCUCUGCAGAAGAUGCUGUGCUUUUUGGCUGUAAUUUACAUUACAUUAAGCUCCAGUGUGAAAUCCACUAGAAAGUAUAUGCAAGUGGUCAUAUGUGAUGACAGAAAUUUGCUCCCUCCUUGUAAAUAAUAAAUAUGUUGACUACCAUAAUAUAAUGAGACCAUGAAAGAGCAUAGGACUUAGGAGCAGCAGGCCAUUUGGUCCUUCAAGACUGCUUCACCAUUCAAUAAGAUCAUGGUUAAUUUUUUUGUCUCAGCUCCACUUUCUUGUCUGCACCUCAUAGUCCUUGACUCAUGAGUUGGACCAUCCACACACAGGAAUCAAUAAGAUUUCAAUAUGAGGGUCUGGGUAAACACUCUUUUAAUUAACUAGUAGCAAAUACAGACUCUUAGGUUUUGCACAGUUAAAAACAUUUUACUGUAUGAUUUCUGACAUUUCAAGUUUAAACUCAAAAUGCAUGUAACAAAUUAGAUUAUCGCCUAAAUGCUAUCAUCUACUGUAGUCAGUCUUAAUCACUGAAUAUACUCACUUUUUUGUAUUGUUGGUGUUGAAAUGCUAUUAAUUGUCUCAAGUAGUGUUCAUUAAGUUGUACUUUAUUUGGAUGCUCAAUCCUCAUUUUUGUAAAAUAAUUUGCCAGUCUUUUAGUGCCAAUGUUACAUCUUUUAUUCCUCGUAUCAUUCCUUAGCCUUAAGGUGGUGUGGUGACCUAUUGCCACACCCCUGUCUUGGUGCUGCUGCUGGACAGCAUGCAAGAGUAUUCUGGUUUAAGCUGGCUUGUUUAUUCAAGUAUUCACUGAUGGGGAUAUGUUUUGCUCAAGUUGAAAUUGGCAACUUAGUUGCAGUUGUGGACCUUUUUAUAUACUCUACAACUUGGUACAGGAAGUAAAUGUACAGUUAUAAUAAAGUAGGAUAAUUAAUACAAAAUUGUAUUUCAUCUGUUACCUUCU